AAGCCGUGGGUGGGGGAGAGACAGGGCUGGCUCUGCCGACCCUCCCCCUCGCUGUGUGCCCCCUCAGGUGGCGCUGCUGGACGCUGCUGCCUGCCCUGAGGAUGAAGGGUGCCUGGAGGCCCUGUGCCCCAGGAAGGAGGGGGAGGAAGAAGAGAAGGAAGAGGACAGGAGAAGGAGCCCAAGACCCGUCACCUUCACACUGGGCAAUGAGGUGCUGGGGAUGAGUCCAGAGAGUGAGUUUCAGAGCCCCGAUGCCGAAGUCUACAUGCACUUCAUGAGGAGCCACUGCUGCUACGAUGCCAUCCCCACCAGCUGCAAGCUUGUCGUCUUUGAUGUCUCCCUGGAGAUCAAGAAAGCCUUCUUGGCACUGGUGGCCAACGGAGUGCGUGCUGCCCCACUCUGGGACAGCAAGACACAGAGCUUUGUGGGGAUGCUCACCAUCACUGACUUCAUCAACAUCCUCCACCGCUACUACCGUUCGCCCCUGGUUCAGAUCUACGAGGUGGAGGAGCACAAGAUUGAGACCUGGAGAGAGUUGUACCUGCAGGGCUCCUUCAAGCCACUGGUCUACAUCUCCCCGAGUAAUAGCCUCUUCGAUGCUGUCUACUCCCUGAUCAAGCACAAGAUCCACCGCCUGCCCGUCAUCGAGCCCAUCUCGGGCAAUGUCCUGCACAUCCUGACCCACAAGCGCAUCCUCAAGUUCCUCCACAUUUUUGGCUCCACCAUUCCCAAGCCACGCUUCCUGAAGAAAACGGUGCAGGAGCUGUGCAUCGGCACCUUCCGUGAUGUGGCUGUCGUGCCCGAGACCGCCCCCAUCUACACUGCCCUGGAGAUCUUCGUGGACCGCCGUGUCUCUGCCCUGCCCGUCAUCAAUGAUGCCGGGAAGGUGGUAGGCCUCUACUCCCGGUUUGAUGUCAUUCACCUGGCAGCUCAGAAGACCUACAACAACCUGGACAUCAGUGUGCGGGAGGCAUUGCAGCAACGCAGCAUCUGCUUGGAGGGUGUCAUCACCUGCUACCCACAUGAAACCAUGGAGGACAUCAUUGACCGCAUCGCCAAGGAGCAGGUCCAUCGUCUGGUUCUGGUGGAUGAGAACCAGUACCCACGGGGCAUCAUCUCCCUCUCCGACAUCCUCCAGGCCCUUGUACUCACUCCCGCAGGUAUCGAUGCUCUUAACUCUUAGCCCGCGACGCUCCAUCUUUCUCCACUUGCACCCUCCAUUUCUCUCCACUUCAGGUAGGCGCUGUCCCCUGUCACUGUGUGCCUGUUCCCUCCCCACUGCUGGGUCACCUGCACUUUAUGACCUUCCUGCUCUGUCCACCUGCCUCCACCACAGCCAAACUGGCCAUGGAGGACAAAUGAGGAUGGGGCUGGGGACUGGCAGUGCUGCGUGCCCAGGUGGGGACAGCAGGACCUGGAUGCUGUUUGUCCCAGGGGACACAAAAAUCACAGGGGACCCCUUCUGGGGUCCUGAUCCCUGGCAUCUGUGAGGAAGAAUGGGGGCACCUGCCACAGAGACACCCCCACAUCUCCAUCCAGGCAGUGCAUGGGAUGCACAUUUUGCAGGUCUCUGGGCUUUGGGCUGGAUGAGAUGUUUUGGGGUGUGACGCACCCCAAGAUAAAAGCCCUUUUUUGACAUUACCUCAAAGCCCCCCCUGAGACCUGAAGCCCCUUCAGUACCAUUCUCAGGGGACAAAGAAGGGACAGACCUGCACUCACACGCCCUGGAUAUGCUGGCCACCACUAGCCCCGUGCACACCAUGGCUGAUGCACAGGCCAUGGGUGGCAGAGCCCUCCAGCCCCUCUACCCGCUGCAGCCCCAAAACUGCUUGCUCCAGGGACGGGACUCACUCCUGGGCUGCACCGGGACCACACUGCCCGGCUGCCUGCAUCUGGCUCUGCUCUCCCACUGCCUGGUGAGUCCUGACUGGCAACGGGUGGCACAGCACUGGCAUCCACUGUGGCACCCAUUUAGGGGUGAACUGGGAAGGGUGGAGCUGGCCCCAGUGCCCAGCUGCUUCCCAAAUGUUUUUUUGGGGUGGUGUUAGGGAAUGGGCUUGGGACAGCCCCAUGCCCACCAGUUACCCCAGCAGUGCCCAGUUCCUCCACACAGAAGGGUACUGGGCAUGGUGUGUGUGUUAACCACACCAGACAUGGGACAGCUACCCCCUCCCUUCCCCAUCACGGUGCCUUAGCUCAGCUCAUCCCUGGCCUAUGGGGUGGCCAUCCAGAUGUCCCACUCCAGGACAGUCCCUUCCACCCCUACCCCAGGGCUGGCAUCCAAGCCAGGGAUAGAGGUGAGACCCCACUGUCUGCGGGAGCAGAUCAGAGGGCCACGCCACCGGGUGCCCAGCCCAGCACCUGUCCCUGCCAGGGAGUUAUGGCCUUGCACACUCUCUCAUCCUGCAGGCAUUGACCAAUCCUUGCUCUGAAGACACCAGGGAAGUCCCGCCAUCUCAUGAGACUCAGGGGCAUCUUGCGUGGCCCUGGAGCCGUGGAAGGAUGUUUGGGCCCUGGAAGCUCUCCAUGAGGAGGACCUGCCUGCCCAACCCAGUCCUGGGGCUCGUCUUGAGUCCAGGGCCAGGUGCUGCUGGCUACGGGGAAGCAGGGAGCAGGGAAAAGGGGGCCUGGCAGUGCCUCCCAUCAGCAAGCACAGUUAUGUUCGAUGGGUAUUGUGCCAUGCCCGCAGGUGGACACCGAGACCCACACAGCCCAGGGGACUCGGCCACCCCGUUCCCAUCCUGCUGCCACAUUUGAGGGCUUUGGCCGUGGCUCCCCACCCAGCGAGCAUGGUUCUGCCAGCGGUGCCUGGUGCCGGUAGCAUAGGCUCAGCUGCACACACGGGCUUGUUUAUUGUCAGGUCACACGGGGCUGGAGGUUCCUGGCAAAGGCGCAGCCUGCACCGGGGCUGGCGCCAGGACGGGCACUUGCACGGGGACCCUGUGCACAUUUCGGGGUGGGUGGGGUGUAUUUAUUUAUUUGCUGGUCUGUUCAGCCUUGUUGUAACAAAGCAGCCUGUUCCAGGAACCGUGCCUUGCAUUUCUGGGGUGCAGCUGGGCAUGGCUCCUCUGGAGAGACCUGGGCUGGAGAGGGGGUGCCGGUGGCUUGGCAGGGCUGGGGGAGCCAGCGUGGGAUGCCAGUGAGGCAUGGCACAUGCCAUGGGCACAGGGUGGCACCUCAACCCAUGUGGGUAGAGUCAGGGGGAUGGGGACGUGGGGCAUGUAGCCUCAGUAGCGCCACUAUGGCACUAGUGUGCAGGUCCCCUCGGGGACACCCCAGGGAUGGCAGCCUUGGUGCCAGCCAGGUUUCUGCCUGCUGCUUACUGCAGCCCAGCUAGGAUCCCCAAGCAGCAGGAAGGUGAAGGGGGUUCACUCUUAGGGUGCCCCACACCCCAGCCUUCCAGGAGCCUGGGUCUGAGCCCUUGCAAUGGCCCUGGGUAUCAGCCUCAUGUCCCUGCCUGGGCACAGGGGGAGCUGAGCUGAUCCUCCCCUGCCUGCUUCCCUGGGAGUGAGUCCUGUCCCCAUUCCCAUGACCCCGUAUCAGCAUCUUGGCGAAAUAACGGCUGAUAGCGAAAGGUCCCGGGUGCUGAACACCCCUCCUGCGCUGGCUGGCCCUGCCAGGGCACACGAUACCAGAGCUGGGUGGUGACAGGCCCCUUCCCCAUCACAGGGACAUGCUGUGCUACUGCUCUGCUAGCCUGGGACCAGU